AUGGAAAAUGCAAUCAACAAGAGAAGGAAAGAAGCAAACAAGUAGAGACAAACUCACUUCUUUUACUCUCCCUUUCCCUACACUCCUCAAACAAUGUGCGCCCUAGCUAAACCCUUCCACCACCACCAACUCCGCCACCACCACCACCACCAACUCCGCCACCACCAUCACCACCUAUUGUCUAUCUUUUUUUUACUCACGGUCUCACUCCCAACCAUAAUCUCCGCCGCAGACCCAACGCCGGUGGAAGUACUUCUUCCUUCCGACGCCGUCGCCCUCCUCAAAUUCAAGUUAAAAGCCGACAUUGGAAACAAGCUUCUCUACAAUCUGAACGAACGGUUCGACUACUGUCAAUGGCAAGGGGUGAAGUGUGUUCAAGGUCGAGUGGUUCGUUUCGUCCUCCAAGGCUGUGGCCUCAGUGGUAUCUUCGCCGACAAUACCUUGGCCAGACUGGACCAGCUACGUGUCCUCAGCCUCCGCAACAACUCACUCUCCGGCGCCAUUCCCGACCUCUCCGCCCUCACAAACCUCAAAACCCUCUUUCUCGACCACAACACUUUCUCCGGCACCUUUCCUCUGCCGUUGGUCACGCUUCACCGUCUCCGGUCAAUUGAUCUCGCUCGGAAUAACUUCUCCGGUUCACUACCUAGUGAGCUGAACUCUUUAGACCGGCUGAACUACCUGCGGCUAGAAUGGAACCGGUUCACCGGCGAACUUCCGCCUCUCAACCAAACCGCUCUCGAAGUGUUUAACGUCACCGGAAAUAACCUCACCGGAUCGAUUCCGGUCACGCCUGCUCUCUCGAGAUUCGACGCUUCAUCCUACUUGUUAAACCCUGGUCUCUGCGGGAAGAUUCUUAACAAAAUAUGCACUACAAAGCCUCCGUUCUUCGACACUCCUUCCGGCGUUUCGGCUCCGGCGCCGGUACUGCAAAACGCAGAGUCACAAGGUCUCAUUGUUUCUCCGCCAUCUACAAAGAGGCACAAGAGACUCGGCGUAAUCCUAGGGUUUAUUAUAGGAUUCCUACUCAUUAUAGCGCUUGUUCUGUCCCUUUUCGCCAUUUUAAACAAACGAAGGUAUCAACAUCCAUCAAAAUCAGCUGCGUUCAGCUCAGAUUCAGAGAAUGAAAUUGAAAACGAAAAGGAAAACGGAAACGAAAACGGAAACGGAAUCGGAAUCGGAAACGGAACAGUUGUUGCAAUUUCAACAAACAACACGCCGGUGCGAAUUGCUAACACAGUAGUUGAAAUCAAAGAGAAGAAACUGCAAUUACCUCAACAACACCGAGAGAAAAGCGGAAAUUUGAUCUUCUGUGAAGGCGAGACAGCAAUGUACAAUCUGGAACAACUUAUGUCAGCAUCGGCGGAGUUGUUAGGCAGAGGAACCAUUGGAACAACUUACAAGGCAGUCAUGGAUAACCAGCUGAUCGUGACGGUGAAGAGGCUGGACGCCGGGAAGACGGCGAUAACUUCCGGCGAAGCUUUCGAGAAGCAUUUGGAGGCGGUGGGAGGACUCCGACAUCCGAAUUUGAUUCCGGUUAGGGCUUAUUUUCAGGCGAAACAAGAGAGACUGGUCAUCUAUGAUUAUCAACCCAACGGCAGUCUCUUCAAUCUAAUCCAUGGAUCAAGAUCAACAAGGGCAAAGCCACUUCACUGGACAUCCUGCUUGAAAAUAGCUGAAGAUAUAGCUCUGGGCCUUGCUUACAUCCACCAAGCUUCAAGACUCAUCCACAACAACCUUAAAUCGUCCAACGUCCUUCUCGGUCCCGAUUUCGAGGCCUGUCUUACCGACUACUGCCUCUUGUUCCUUGCGGACCCCACUGCGAUCGACGACUCCGUUUCCACGGGCUAUAAAGCCCCGGAAUUGAGAAAAUCAUUCCACCGAGCCACCACCAAAUCCGACGUCUAUGCCUUUGGAGUUCUCUUGUUGGAGCUUCUAUCGGGUCGGCCGCCUUCCCAACACCCGCACCUCGUCCCCGAGGAUAUGGCGGAGUGGGUGAGAGCAAUGAGGGAAAACGACGAUAUUCCGAACGAUAAUCGGCUAGGAAUGCUGGUUGAGGUGGCGGGUGUUUGUAGCUUGACGUCACCGGAACAGCGACCUGUAAUGAGGCAAGUGUUGAAGAUGUUGCAAGAGAUCAAGGAGACGGCUAGUAUCGAUAAUGAUAACACGUAUAAUGGAUACUCAUAGGUAAGAAAUACGAGAAACUUGUAUUGUCAAUUAUGGUAUCAAGUGGGAGAUCAAAGUCACGGAGCGGUAUCGAGAUUGAAAUUUGCAGGGGCGAGGGUCAUGUUUUUGUAUGAUCUGGUGUUCGAUCAGAAGGUGAUCGAUGCGGGUUUCUCGUGAAUUUGUUCAUCGAUCAAUAUAUGAUGUUGUAAAGAUUAAGUACUGAAAUUUGAAAAUCCAACAGAUGCAUAUGCUAUUGCUAUGGUUAUGGA